GCCCUGUCCUCCCGCUGCCCUAAUUCGGAGCGGGAGCCUCGGCCGCCGCCAGGCGCAGCCUCCGCCUGCCUGCGUGGCUCUGUGGACAAGACUAACCAAGCCUGCUUAGGUGGAGAUGGGGUCGCCUUGACUGGAAACCAUUUGCAAACCCAAGUACCUUCACAGAAGGAUUUCCUGCCCAAUAUUCAUCCCCUUGACCAGCACCACAAACGGGCUUGUUGCCUGAUUGCUGUUUGUGGGAUCUCAGCUGUACGUAGAAAUGGUGUCUUUGCUACCUUCCAGAGGUGUAUACAUUUCAGAGCCAGGAGCCAUGGAGGCAGGAAGCAAUGUGCUGUACGUGGAGUUCCCCAACUUCGGUAACAACCUGCUGGAGAGCCUGAACCAGCAGCGGAUGGAGGGCAAGUUCUGUGACAUCUCCAUCCACGUGCAGGGCAAGGUGUUCAAGGCUCACCGGGCGGUGCUGGCCGCCUCCUCGCCCUACUUCCACGACCAGGUGCUGUUCCGCAAUGCCAGCCGCCUGGUGCUGCCGGGAGUGAUGGACUCGCGGGCCUUCGAGAGCAUCCUGGCUUCCUGCUACGCCGGCCGGCUGGCGGUGCUGCCGGCCGACAUCGUCAGCUACCUGACGGUGGGGAGCUUCCUGCAGAUGUGGCACGUGGUGGACAAGUGCACGGAGCUGCUGCGGGAGAGCCAGCCGCCGACGCCUGCCCCCACCCCCAGCUGCCAGCGCCCCUGCCGCCCCGCCGACAGCCAGUCGCCCAGCAGCAGCAACUACUUCAGCCCCCGGGAGGCGGCGGAGGCCAGGCCCGAGGCUGAGGAGGUGACCAUUAAGGUGGACGAGGGGGCGGAGGGAGGGGAGGAGGAGGAGGAAGAUGAGGACGAGGAGGAGGUGGAGGACGAAGAGGAGGAGGAGGAUGAGGCGGACAAGGCCAAGGAGCUGGAGCAGAAGGUCACCAGCAACCAGGGGGCGGAGGGGACGGGGGAAGGAGGCUUGGCUGACAGCCUCUUCCAGCCACCGGCAUACACCCCGGCGGGCCCAGCGCAAGCACCGCCCUCGCGCUGGGUCCUGGUCAAGAAGGAGAAGCCGGAGGAGGACCUGGUGCUGACCUGUGAGGAGGAUGAGCACCAUUUUGUGAAGACGGCGGGCUGCCGGCGGGCCGAGCCCCAGCCGCUCAGCAUCAGCGACGUCUGCACCCUGGCCGGGCCCGAGCUGCUGGCGGCCGCCGAGGAGCCGUCCUUCGAGGAGCCAGGCGACCUGUGCGGCUCCUCUGAGGAGUUCACCUACGAAGGAACGGACGGGGGCAGCCCCCGGGGCGGAGGAGGAGAUGGAGGCGGUGGCGGUGGCGGCGGAGGAGGAGGAGGUGGCGGCGGUGGCUGCUGCCCGCGGCCGGGCGCCGGGGGCCCGCCCGGGGGCUGCUGGCCGCAGGGCGACACUCGGCACGGUGCGGCUGGGGGCGGAGCGGGAGCGGGGGCCGGCGGCAAGAUGUUCGCCUGUCACUGCGGCAAGGCCUUCACCCACCGGAGCCAACGGGACCGGCACAUCAACAUGCACCUCAACCUGCGGCCCUUCGGCUGCACCAUCUGCGGCAAGAAGUUCAAGAUGAAGCACCACCUGGUGGAGCACAUGAAGAUCCACACCGGCCUCAAGCCCUUCGAGUGCCACGUCUGCGGCAAGAAGUUCAUGUGGCGGGACAGUUUCCUGCGGCACCGGGCCGCCUGUGAGAAGCUACAGCGGGCCACUGCCCUCCCGUAAAAAUGGGACACCACCCCUCCCCUCACCUGAAAGGGAUCUCCCUCCCGCCAUGAGAGGGGUACUUCCCUUCCCUCCCACACUGCCCCACUCCAUCCAGUCAUUGAAAAGGAGACCCCCUCCCCAUUUCUUCCUAACCUCUCCCCUCCCCAGGGAGGGUGAUCCUCCCCUCCGCUCCCCUGAAAGGUGGUCCCCUCACCUCACCACUCCCCUCCUUGUCCGCUGGGCAUCGCGAGGAGGGGAUGGGGAGUUGGGUGUUGUUUGAGCUGGCUCAGCCCCCCCCCCCCCAUCCCUCUCCCCCAGGAUGGCCAGUUCCCUUGGUUUCCUGGUGACGGUCGGCAUGUGCCGACACUCCUACCUGCCUGGAGCGGGGGCUGGCCUGGGUGUGGACACGAGAGGUUGGUGUAUAGAGAGGGAACAGAAACAGCAGACUGAAGAUUCAGCAGGUCAGGCAGCAGCUGUAGAAGCCCCGAGGGGCAGCUGCUGUUGUGGGUCGAGACCCUUCUUUGGGACUUCACUCCAUUUGAAUUGCCGACCGCCUCUCGGCCUUCACAGAUGCUGCCUGACCCGCUGAGACUCGACAGCUUGUUUUAUUUUUGUUGGUGGUGUAGGUGUCGAUCCAGUCACUGCCACAGUACAUUUUGGAUUCGGAGUGGAGGAUGUCAAUGCUGUGGUUUCACUAGUCGUUCCCCCAAAACGUUGGGCAUUUGGAGAGAGUGAAGGAAGCCCCUCGAACCAUCUCCCGUUAUCAUUAAAGACCACUUUCAGGGGUAAAAGCAUUAUGGGAUUGACUGGGCAGCUCUUUCAAGGAGCUGACACAGCUGGAAUGGGCCAAAUGGCCUCCCUGGCUGCUGUGUGAUUCUGUGAUUCUGAGCUACUCAUGGAAAAGCUGAUUUGGAAUGUAGUUUUAACGCACAAAAUGCUGGAGGAACUUAGCAGGUCAGGCAGCAUCUAUGGAGAGGAAUAAAGGGUCAAUGGUUUGAGCCA